AAAAAAAAAAGAGAGCAAAAAAUUUUUUUGGAAUUCAGCAAUUAAUCUUUUAAUACCAACUUUUACAUCUCCAAGAUGCCUCCUCCAACGCCGCCAUUUUGGCAAAGAGUCGUGGUCGGUACUUUGGCCACCAUUGCUGGGGUCUAUGUCAUGUGGGACACUGGCAGGGACUUUGAAUUUGUCAAGUUCACUCCGCACCUGGAAGAAGAAAUCGAGAGAAGAAAACGAGAAAGCAUUGGCAUGUCAAUGAGACACACCGAUACAAGAACUUUAGAUUAUACCCCUGAAGCAAAGGAAAGAUUAAAAAAACUUGUUGAAGAAAAAAAUGCCAAAGAAAUUGCCAAAGAAAUUGCUAAAGAAAAUGCUAAAGAAAAUGCUAAAGAUUAAUCUUAUCUUUUGAUCCCUGUAUAUAGUGUAACAUAG